AUCAAGUCAAGAGUAAUGCAUGUGGUAAAAACACUCUCGAUCAUACUUGCUAUGGCUUUUCAACUCUAUACCUCACCUGUGCUCCUGCCUGCCUCAGAGAUGCAUCGCGUACAUCCUGCGGACCUCGAUUGGCACAUGAGUGUGUUUAUUCCGCCUAAUGAAUACGAAGUGUUUCUCACUUCUGGCUACACGAUAGAGAAUCAUUUCCAAGCAAUUGGUAAAGAUUUGAGCAACCGUAGACGCCGUCUGAGUAGAUAGGAGCCUGAUAUUCACGAUCAAACUUGGUUCAUUAUUCACCUACCUGAUCAAGCAGACUUGGACCUUGUUCGAAGGGACCCACAUGUCGAGUCCAUCUAUCAGAGUGUUUCUUACCAAAUAGUCGACGACCCGACUGGAGAAGAGGGACCAUUAUCUGGGAGGAAGAAAAUGUUGCCUGAUCAUAUAAGUACUAGAACUCGUUGCAUAGCUAGACCACAGGACUUUUGGCUGUUUCCACCAAGAUGAUUAGCUGAUCGUGUCUUUGCUUACAUGGACAUACGCACGGCACUGUAUGGUGAAGGGCCUUCUCAAAAUCAAGUAACAUGGGUGG